AUGGCGUCUGCAACAUCGUUUGGGUGUUCGAAUUCGGGGUUCCAGAUGGGUGUGAACCACGGCUCGGUCACUAACCACUUCCACAUGCCUAUCGAAGAAACGAAAGAGAUAAAUCCUAGGCCUUGUGAUCAACCUCAAGCCCACUACGUUAUCCCAUCCUUGGAGAAUCGUCACUUUACUGGCCGUGAAUUCACGCUAGAUGAGCUUCAACAGAGGCUAUUUCUACAAGCGAAUACUGAAAAACUAGCUCUAUUCGGACUAGGUGGCAUCGGCAAAACUCAAGUUGCUCUUCAGCUUGCUCGCUGGGUGAAAGUGCACGUACCAGACUGCUCAAUUUUCUGGGCUCCUGCCCUUAGUCUCGAGAGUUUUGAGCAGGCUUGUUCGCAAAUCGUGAAAGAGCUGCAAAUCCAUCAGAAUUCAGACGGUGAAAGUGCGAUGGAAUUAGUACACCGAGAGCUAAGCUCUGAUAAAGCCGGAAAGUGGCUUUUCAUUGUCGAUAAUGCCGAUGAUGUGGACCUGCUUUUCGAUGAGCUUGAUCAGUAUUUCCCUGCUAGCAAGGAAGGCGUUACUUUACUCACUACUCGUUCCCGCGAGGUGGCGCUAUCUUUCGCAGGAAGGGAUAAAGUCGAGCUCCAAAAAAUGACAACCAAGGAAGGGAUUGCUUUUCUUACUAAAAUUGUAGGAGAAGACUCACUUUGUGAUCAGAACUCCACCAUACAAUUACUGGAGGAGCUGAACUUCCUACCACUGGCUAUUUCACAGGCAGCUUACUAUAUUUGUCGAAAUGAUGGAACCACUAUACGGUACCUCGAGCUUAUGCAUAAAACCGAAAAAGACCGGAUGCGUCUGGCGAGCAGGGAGUUCCACGACAGCACUCGCUACCGUAGAAUGCCAAACGCGGUAACCACCACAUGGCUUAUCUCAUUUGAUCAGAUUCAGGGCUCUGAUCCCUCUGCUGCUGAUUUGUUGGAAUUUAUGUCUUACCUUGAGUCAAAGGCAAUCCCGCGAUCUAUUCUCCCCACCCUCAAUUCGGAAGAGGAGAUGGAGUUUGCAAUUGGUACGCUGUGUAGCUAUGGAUUUCUGACCAGGAGAGACAAUGAGAAUAUGUUUGAUAUGCAUAGCCUCGUACAGCUAUCAACCCGAGUGUGGAUAACAGAGGCACGGAAGACACGGCAGAUUAUCGCGGCCGUAACGCAACAUAUGGAUAAGUGUUUUCCAUCCGAUGAAUAUACAAAUCGUGAGACAUGGAGGAUGUACCUACCACACGCCCUUGAAAUUCUCAGGAGAGAGGAAAGUAAAGAUACAAGUGAGAGGUAUAGCUUACUUUCUAAGGUUGGUAAUUGCGUUCUAGCGGAUGGCCGAGCAAAAGAAGCUGUCGCUUUUUUUGGAGACGUGUGUGCAUGGAAUGAAAGCCACUAUAAUGAAGAACAUCCUGAUCGACUGGCGUCUCAGCACGAUCUCGCAGGGGCAUAUAGAUCCAACGGGCAGAUCAAGCAGGCUGUGCAGCUACUCGAGCAUGUGGUUGCAGUGCAAGGGAGAACGCUCGAUGAAGAACAUCCUGAUCUACUAGCGUCUCAGCACGAGCUCGCAGGGGCAUAUCAAUCCAACGGGCAGAUCAAGCAGGCUGUGCAGCUACUCGAGCAUGUGGUUGCGGUGCGAGAGAGAAUGGUAGAUGAAGAACAUCCUGCUCGACUGGCGUCUCAGCACGAACUCGCAGGGGCAUAUCAAUCCAACGGGAAGAUCAAGCAGGCUGUGCAGCUACUCGAGCAUGUGGUUGCGGUGCAAGGGAGAACGAUAGAUGAAGAACAUCCUAAUCGACUAGCGUCUCAGCACGAUCUCGCAGGGGCAUAUAAAUCCAACGGGAAGAUCAAGCAGGCUGUGCAGCUACUCGAGCAUAUAGUUGCAGUGGAAGAGAGAACGCUUGAUGAAGAACAUCCUGAUCGGCUAGCGUCUCAGCAAACUCUCGCAGGGGUAUAUCAAUCCAACGGGCAGAUCAAGCAGGCUGUGCAGCUACUCGAGCAUGUGGUUGCGGUGCGAGGGAGAACGAUAGAUGAAGAACAUCCUGAUCGACUAGCAUCUCAGCACGAUCUCGCACGGGCAUAUUAUUCCAACGGGCAGAUCAAGCAGGCUAUGGAGCUACUCGAGUAUGUGGUUGCGGUAAAAGGGAGAACGAUAGAUGAAGAACAUCCCUCUCGACUAGCGUCUCAGCACGAACUCGCACGGGCAUAUUAUUCCAACGGGCAGAUCAAGCAGGCUAUGCAGCUACUCGAGUAUGUGGUUGCGGUGCAAGGGAGAACACUCGAUGAAGAACAUCCUGAUCGACUGGCGUCUCAGCACGAUCUCGCUGGGGCAUAUCAAUACAAGGGGCGAAUCAAGCAGGCUGUGGAACUACUCGAGCAUGUGGUUGCGGUGCAAGCGAGAACACUCGAUGAAGAACAUCCUGAUCGACUGGCGUCUCAGCACAAUCUCGCACUGGUAUAUCAAUUCAACGGGCAGAUCAAGCAGGCUAUGGAGCUGCUUGAGCAUGUGGUUGCGGUAAAAGGGAGAACGCUUGAUGAAGAACAUCCCUCUCGAAUAGCGUCUCAGCGCGAACUCGCACGGGCAUAUCAAUCCAACGAGCAGAUCAAGCAGGCUGUGUAG